UGUGACGUCUACCUUGACGAUUUUUCUAAUAUUUAGGAAAACUUUAAAAAAUUAUAUCUCGUAAACUGUGAGUUUCCGCAACUUAAUAUUUUGCAAAAAGCUUUCUAUUUAUGAGUACUAUCUACAAAAAAAUUGUUAACUUCCAAAUCGACGGAACAUAAAGGAAAGUUUAGCCAAAAAUACACUCUUUACUAGAGCAUAUACUAUUGUAAACAUACAUUAGAUAAGUACUACAUCAAAAUAUAGAAAAAAAUGAUUGUUUCAAGUUUAUUUCGUGCAAGUCGUCAAUCUACAGCAAUUUCAACAUUUGCUCGCUAUAAUCAUGAACAGAAAAACCCCAUGAUAAAAACUUGGAAUAUAAUGACGAAAUCUAAUACAAGAUUUUCGUACCCAGAAAAUACUGAUAUUGUUAUAAUAGGUGGUGGUAUAAUAGGAGCAGCAACAGCUUAUUGGUUAAAGCGCAGAGCUGGUGAUGGUCUCUCAGUAGUGGUCAUAGAAAAAGAUUUUUCCUAUAAACAAGCUCAAAGGCACCUUCAGCAUGGAACACUUUCACAACAUUUCACACUACCAGAAAAUUUGUUCCUAUCGCAAUUCAGUGCAUUCUUCCUUAGAAACAUUAGAGAACAUCUUGGUGAAGAUAUAAAUGUUGAAUAUUGUCCAACUGGGUCAUUAGUACUGGCGAGUAACGACUAUGCACAAAAAUUAGAAGAAACUUCUUCAUUAUUGAAGGAACAUGGGUCACCAAAUGAACUUUUGUCUCCUAAGGAAAUAAAUAAAAAGUUUCCAUGGAUAAAUACUGCAGAUAUCAAGUUAGGAUGCAUGGGUGUAGAAUCUGAGGGAACAUUUAAUGGAUGGGAACUACAUAAAGGCUUUGUAAAAAAGUCAAAAGAACUUGGAGCAUUAUAUAUUAAUGCUGAAGUAGUUGGUUUUGAUUUGGAGCAACAGCGAGAUGUUCUAAUGGAAGGUGUCACCCCAGGUGCAUUUGAAAGGAUAAUGCGAGUUAGAUACAUGACAGAAGAAAAUGAAGAAUAUGGAAUAAAAUUUGCUGGAUGCAUAUUAACAGCUGGUUCUGAUUCUAGUGAAAUAGCUAAAUUUGCAAAAGUAGGUACUGGUGAUGGAAUGCUCAUGGUACCAUUACCUGUUGAGAAAAGAAAACAUGAAGUUUAUUCUCUUGAAGGAAAUAAUACAGAAAUUGGUCUUAAUACUCCCAUGAUAAUGGAUACAACUGGGUUAUGGUUACAAAGAAAAGGUUUAGGAAAGGACUUCUUAGGUGGAUAUUUACCUUCACUAGAUCAAAAUGAUAAUCUUGUUGAUACAGAACAGUAUUUGAAAACAACUUUUCUAUCAUCAUUAAUGCAUAGAAUCCCUAGCUGUAAUAAUGCUCAGGUACAAAGCCAUAGCAGUUUGUAUUAUGAUUGCACCACAUACGACAAUUCAGGAAUAUUGGGACCACAUCCUUAUCAUAAUAAUUUGUAUAUUGCUGCAGGAUUUGGUCAGCUAGGUUGUCAACAUGCUCCAGGUUUGGGAAGAGCUCUAACGGAACUAAUCAUAGACAGUCAGUUCAAUACUAUCGACUUGACAAGGCUUGGAUUUGACAGAUUAUUAACUGAUCAACCUAUGAUAGAAUGCAAUGCUUAUUGAACUCAAAUAAAUAAUUAAUGAUAAUAUUUAUUUAUUAUAACUUAAAACUACAAAAAUUCGAUAUUUAAUUUAAAACCUCAUUUGAAUUGUGUCUGAGGUGCAGCAAAUAGAGCACCACCUUGUUUUGAAGCAGCUCGAGAAGGUGCAAAACCAAGCAACUUUUGUAUGUUUUGUC